AUGAAAAAUGCCCAAAACGCAAACCUCGCAAAUACCUCCUUCCUCGAAUCUAGAAUCACAUCCGUCCCCCUCCCCGACUCUACAGUUGACUGCAUAAUCAGCAACUGCGUGAUCAACCUCGUCCCUGCGAGCGACAAACCGUCCGUCUUCCGCGAGAUCUUUCGACUGUUGAAAUCUGGUGGCCGCGUUGCUGUUAGCGAUAUCCUGGCGAGGAAGCCGCUGCCGGAGAGUAUUAGUGGGGAUAUGGCGUUGUAUGUUGGGUGUGUUGCAGGGGCGAGCUUGGUGCGGGAGUAUGAGGGGUGGUUAGCGGAGGCUGGGUUCAAAGAUGUGUUGAUUCUGGAUGCGAAGUCGAAUUUGAAUGUCUAUAAGGCGCUGGAACCGGGGUCGUGCUGUGGGUCGAGUGGUUGCUCGACGAGUACGAAGGUUGAUUCUUCGAAGAUUGAUUUUAAUGAGUGGGCUGGGUCCUUCCAGGUCUAUGCCAUCAAGCCUUAA